AUGGCAUCCACCAAAUGGUCAUGGGCCGUUCUGGCCGUCGCAGCCUCGCUCUUGCUGCCGCUCAGCUCCCAAGCCGCCUACGUUUGCAAAGAGCAAGUCAGCGUCAAGUCAGGCGACACGUGCGAUGCCAUCUGUGCAAGUAACUCGGCCUCGAUGGCCCAGCUGCUGCUGCUCAACUCGGGACUCGACUGCUCCCUGCUCCAGAUCGGCCAGCAGAUCUGUGUGCGCGCUACGACCUACGACUGCCAGCCCGUGAUCCAGGUCCAGAGCGGCGACUACUGCUACGGUAUCGCGGACGCAAACGGAAUUACGAUCGACCAGUUCUACCUCGACAACCCGGGCAUCGACUGCAACACGAUCUAUCCGGGCUACUCGGUCUGCGUGAGCCCCACCGACCCGAACGCCCCGUCGCCCACUCCGACCUCGACCACGGCCACUGCAACUGCGACUACGACCACGUCGACCACCAGCACCUCGGCCCCGACUCCAACCUCGACCGCAUGCACCGACUACACCACCGUCCAGGCGGGCGAGACGUGCGACACGAUUUGCCAGCGCGCUAAGGUGACUCAGUACGACCUUACUCUGCUGAAUCCGGACCAGGCCAACGUCUGCGAUACACUACAGGCCGGACAGGCGCUAUGUGUCGAUGGUCCUCAGAACACGUGCGGCUCCACGAUCGAGGUCAAGGAGGGCGACUACUGCUACGGUAUGGCCGAGGCUGCGGGCCUCACGCUCGACGAGUUCCUCUCGCUCAACCCUGGCCUCAACUGCGACACCAUCUAUGCCGGCCAGGUGCUAUGCGUCGCUGCGGACAGCGGUACGACUGCACCUCCCGUUGCAGACUGCAGCCGCUUCGCUACUAUCCAGCCCGGCGACACGUGCGAGCGAAUCGCCUCGCGCUCCUCGCUCACCUCUGUCCAGCUGCGCGGGCUCAACCCCGGCCUGGACUGCUCCGGCCUGAUCCCCGGCCAGAAUCUUUGCUCGUUCAGCCCCUCCGCCAACGUCUGCCCGGAUCGGAGGAUCGUCAAGUUCAACGACACGUGCUAUGACCUCUCGCAGAAUGCCAGCAUGAGCCUGGCAGAGUGGCAGCAGGUCAAUUCUUACGGCUCCGAGGCCAUCGACUGCACCGCCCUCCCGCUCAGCUACAUCAUCUGCCAGGCCCGCGGCAAUGCGUCGCUGCCCGUCAUCUCUGGUACGAACAACGCCAGCAGCCCUCGAUGCUCCAACUGCGACUACGGACAGUCUUGUUGCACCCAAUACAGCUCCUGCGCGCCGCUUGGAUCGAAUUUCUGCAGCCGCGAGUACAAGUGCCAGGAAAACUGCAACGAAGACGACGGUGUCACUCUCCCACCGGGAGCCACGAACUCGACCGGGAACCCGAACGGCAACUACAGCAUGCCGGUUUACUCGGGCAACUGCGACGCUUGCCAAGCUGACGAGUGCUGUGCCAACGAAGGCACAGACGGCAUGUGCAUGCCGCUCAACUCGUGGUUCUGCGUGCCCGAAAAUGGAUGCCUCAGCAACUGCGUGUCCGACAUCAACCAGUUUGCACUGUCUAACGAUCCGGCCCUCUACAGGCCGAGCUUGGCGCCCAACUAUACCUUCCCGGCUGGAGACUACAGCUCCACCGACGGCAACCCGUGCGGGACGUGUGGAGCCGAUGAGUGCUGCGACGUCUCGGUCCAGUGCACGCCACAGGCCAACGGCACCUGCUUCGUCUCGCAAGGUUGCCUCUACAACUGCCUUCAGGUCUACCAGAUGUGGGAGUACGACGAAGAGGACGGCACGUACGAGCCGCUCUACGACACCGCCACAGUCACCGUCAAGAAACCCUUCCCUGAACAGUCGCCGGAGCCGAUUGACCUCAGCUGGCUGAUCACCACGAUCACGGCCACGGCUACGGCGACCGACGUCAACGGCACGGCUACUGCCACCUCAACCAGAAGCUCGGCGGCCGCUCUGCGGAUGGCAACCGUUGCCACCACUACCGCUAGCAGCAGCAGUCUGAGCGGCUCUGGUUCGAGCAGCAGCACCGCGAGCGGCAGCCAGAUGAGUUCGUCGAGCAAGUCUUCCUCUGUUGCAGCCACGGGAACGAGCAGCGGCAGCGGAUCGACUGGUACGUCUGCCAGCGCCUCGCCUACAUCGGCUUCGAGCUCUAAGGCCGCGCAGUCGUCAUCGGCGGCGACCAUGUCCGCCUAG